GAAAAUGCUCCUGCUAUAUUGUCACACGAAUCGUUUUGUCUGCAAGUAGGACUCACACUGCAGGAGAAGAUCCAUGGCUUCUCCCCCGAACCUACAGAAUCUUCCGUUUGAUGCCCCAACAGAUGCCGCCACCGACAACACACGCUCAUCUUCCGCCCGGGUGACCUUCACCCCCAACACACAAUCCAUGGCGCUGUCUCCUACCUCCAUUUCGCUGGCGCUGAAAAGUCCAGAGGGCAUUGAUUGCUAUGGCAAUGAGAGACAGGCUCUUGCAGAACAGAGCAAGUUCUUCAACAACUCCUUGUUAAGUGAUGUGAAUUUGGUAGUUGGGGGACAGAGAUACUAUGCUCACAAGAUAGUCCUCGUCAGAGCCAGCGAUGUCUUCGAGAGGAUGUUUAGUUCUGAGUGGUCCAGUUCCGGAAAGAAGGAUGUGGAGUUAGUUGAGGACAGUAUAUGUAACACUGUGUUCGCUAGGUUUCUUAAGUUUCUCUAUGGCUGCCAUAUUAAGCUCAACAUCGACAACACUCUCCCUGUGCUCAUCCUUGCCGACAAAUACAACGUGGAAGACCUCAGAGAUGUGUGUAUCACAUUCGCAGUAUCCUACAUCAUCCCCAAGCUGCAGCUAAAGGAUGUGUUCCAUGUGUGGUUCCAAUACUCCACUAAGUGCUACCACCAGCGCCUCGUCACUGCAUGCGUCCAGGCACUGGCCGAGAAGAUGGACGAGAUUAUUGGCUCGGAGGAGUGGGAAGCCGAGUGGCUCAACCUUGAGAAGGACCAGCUCAUAGAGUUCCUCCGAAGCUCUGAUCUCAGCGCCAAGGAUGAGUUUGAGCUGUGGGAGGCAACCGUGAAAUGGAUCCAGUCCCAAGCCCACCCACAACGCAUGGCCAAGGUUAGUAAUCUCACUGAAGUGAUGGAGUACAUCCGCUUCCCAAUGAUGACUUCAGAACAGCUAUGUGAGGUAGAGUCCAGUAGCCUGUACCAGCAACACCCAGAGCUGUUCCAGAAAGCCUUCAUGCUGGCUUACAAGUUCCAUGCCCUGCCUCUCACAAAGCGAGCCAACGUCAAGGAAUUCAUGAGCUCCAGUUUCCUGCUACGGAACUACACAGAUCUCCGAUGGGACAAACGUCUUCAGGUCUCCCAUUACUCCGCCUGUCCCAAAGGCACGGAAGUGGGUUUCCGAUUCUCAACCCGAGCUUCUUCCUUCCCAGCUCAGACAUGGGAAUGGGAGCUGAAGGUCCACCCAAAAGGUUACUCAGCCCAGUGCGAGGACUUCCGAGUUGUGCUGUACUCCAAUCUGAUUCUAGACCAGCCUCGUCCGAUCGAGUACUACUUGUCCAUAGUGGAUCGGGAUCAGAUCCUCCAUACUGUGUCCGGGAAGAAGAACUUUUCCAAGGCUCGCUACACCACAGACACCGAGAUGGACAAGAAGGUGACAGUUGCUGAUCUGUGUCAGCCCGACUCGCCCCUGCUUGUUGACGAUCAUCUUAUACUGCAGAUUGCUCUAAAGCCUGUGGAAUAACUGGUGUAUGUUAAUGGUUUGUUGGCAUUCUGUUGUGAUGUCCAUGAAGGAUAUGGAAUACCGUAACUGUUGAUGUUUUCGAUAGGAUGUGUACCUUGUGUCUGAGACGGUAAACUCCUAACAUUUCAGUGUGGAGAUAUUGUUACUUAUGGAAGAAUGAAGUAUCCAUGUUUGUUACCUACACAACUGGGUUGCGUUAGGUUCAUUGAUUCAGCGGGUCGUUAUUCGUUGUUACUACCGCUACAUGCAAGGACGGACGAUUGGAUUCAGACGGAAGGGGAGCAAGCAUUGGUUCAAAGUUUGCAUUGUUGCAUGAUUUGCACAUUUGUGACCCACUUCCGUAUCACCUUUGAGGAGAUUGUAAUCUGUACAUAUGGAAGAUGGACUGUCCAUGUUUACUGUGUUGACUGGUGACUGGCCUGAAACCUGUAGCAUCGUUGUCUUGAUGUUGUGAUGGAUGUCCAUGAAGCCUGCUGGUAUGUUUUUGUGUUCAGGGGAAACACAACAGGUUAUGUAACAGAAUAUUUUCAGUUAGUCAUCACCUGUUGAACGUGACACUGCUGAGAAAUAUAGACUCAACACGCUCAAAUUCACAUAGAGGCAAAUAAACAUGAUGACAGGUUAGCUUUUACUUUUCGUUAAAUGUAAAUUGAUUUGCACCACAAAUACCUUUAGCUAUGAUGAUUGAUUAUUUACUACCAAGAAAUUAUACAUUAACAUUUCAAUGUGAUUCAUAAGUAGAUCUAAUCUACAGUGCCAUAGAUUGCACAGCACCCCAUAUAUUUGAAACUGUAAGAAUUUUUUCAAUAUCUUUGUCAUGCAUAUCAUAUAGUUAAAUAUUUUCAAUAUUGUUUAA